AUGGCCACAGUUGCGCGUGCAGACGGCUACAAUGGGACUCGACUUCCUUUGCGUGAGGCUCGUGGCAGACAACAGGUGCCCAGCAGGUUACCGGACGAGCACGUGAAUCGCAAGGACAACACGCUGAACAUCGAGCACUUCAUCUCUGAGAAGCGCUCAGGGCUCGAUCACGGCGUUGUCACUCCGAGGAAGCCAGAUAGUGACAAGUUGACUACCAACAGAGUUGUCAAGGAUCAGAGAAUCUUCUCCAACGGCAACUCCUAUGUUGGCACCUGGCUCAACGGCCGAAUGCAUGGCGAGGGCCACUACAUUUGGAGCGACGGCAGCGAGUAUUUCGGUGAGUUCCAUGAGGGCUACAUGUGGGGCAACGGGAAGAAAACCUGGCCCACCGGCCGUACCUACGACGGCGAGUGGCGCAAGGACCAGAUGUGGGGCGAUGGCAAGAUGUCCUGGCCGUCUGGAGAGGAGUACAUCGGCAGCUUGAAGAAGGGCGUCUUCCAUGGCAAGGGAACUCGCACUUGGCCAAAUGGCGAUCGCUAUGCCGGCAACUUCAAGCAUGGUAUGCAGGAGGGCGAGGGCACCUUCGAAAGUGCAGAGGAGGGCUGGGUGUACAGCGGCCAGUGGCUCCAAAAUCGAAUGAAUGGGCGUGGAAAGGUGAAGUGGCCAAACGGCAUCGAGUAUGAUGGCGAUUGGAAGGAUGGCAUCCGAGAGGGCAAGGGCAAGCUGACCUGGGCUGAUGGCUCCUGUUACAAAGGAGACUUCCAGCACAAUUGCAUAGAAGGCAAGGGCAAGAAAACCCUGCCAGAUGGCUCCUGGUUCGAGGGGCAGUUCCACGACAGCGAGCUCGAGGGCCGCGGUACUUUCCACUGGCCCGACGGCACCGAAUUUGAAGGGCUAUGGCACAACAGUGAGAUUGUGGGACCCGGCUGUCACAGGUUCCCCAACGGCACCAGGAUCACAGGAGUCUUCGAAAACCACGGAGCGACCGGAGAGGGCACAAAGAAGUGGGCGAACGGAUGCAUGUACACAGGUACUCUGCUGAACAACAGCAUUCACAAGUACGGCGUGUUCCAGUGGCCCGACGGACGGCGCUACAUCGGCCAGUUCCAGGAUGAGAUGAUGCACGGCGAGGGCAUGCUUUGCUGGACAGAUGACUUCGGUGUGUGCCGCUACAAGGGCUCCUUCGAGCACAACGUGUUUCAAGGUCACGGUGUGCUGGAGUGGUCCGUGAAGGCUAGAUACGUCGGCGAGUUCUUCAAUGGUUUGUACCAUGGUGAAGGCACAUUUGAGUGGCCAGACAAGGCGAACAUCUACCGUGGGCAGUGGCAGUUUGGAGAGAUGAGUGGCCAGGGAACCCUCACAACAAGCUGCGGCUCGAUUUAUUCGGGCGAGUUCCAUGCUGGCAACAUGGAGGGCCGUGGAACCAUCACUUUCAUCACCAACGACCAGUACACAGGUGAAUUCAAGGACUCUCUGUUCAAUGGCCUGGGCUGCUACACGUGGUCUUCCGGCGUGACCCUUACAGGAGUCUUUGAAAACAACGUCUGUAACAAGGUCGGGAAGAAGACAUACACCAACGGGCUCGUGUAUGUCGGCGAGCUCCUGGAAGAUCAGGAGCAUGGCCGCGGUGUCCUGACGGACCCAAGCGGAACGAGGGUGGUUGGUGUUUGGAACAAGGGAAGGCUCGAAGAGGAGCUGAUAGAAAUGAUCGUUUCCUCUGCAGAGGUGGAUCCUCGUGGUCCGUCCGAGCAGAGAGUCUUCGUGGCCACCAAGCGCCCAGAUGCGAUUCCACAAACGCUAGCCGAAGAGUUGGACGGCACCGGAGACUGCAAGUCCAUCGUCCUCUUUGCAAACGGCGACAAGUACAUAGGUGGUCUGCAGACAGGGCGAAAAGAGGGCGAUGGCAUGUACGUAUACGCAGAUGGUUCGGCGUACAAGGGCCCAUGGUCCGCAGAUUCCAUGGAUGGUGAGCUGCAUCCGCUCGGAGGGGAGGCCGAGUCUGAACAGACUCGACGACUUCAUGACCUGAACACAAAGAAUGCUGAGGCUGUUCAAAGCAUGAAGGCAAAGCUCCCUGGCGAACGAAAGCAGGCGCCAACUGUGGCAAGAAUACAAGACUAG